CUGCUCCAGUUUUUGUUGGUAUGGAAUGGCCUUCAACUUCGCCGCUGCUCCAAGAACCGCCGCGAUCUCACUGUUCCUCGUCGCCACCGUCAUCUUCUUCAUCCUCCGCCAGCCUGCCUAUUCCUCGAACCGCGUUUCAUCGAGUCACAGGUCACUUCUCAAUUCCUCCCAACCCUCCUGCAGAUUCUUCAGUGACGAAUCCGAUGGACUGUUCAACUACUCCUCCUUCCAUUCCUGCCUCUUCCGCUACAACCCAUUCCUCUCCGUCCCAUUUCUUGGUCUCUUCGUGUUCCUUUACUUCUACAUCCUCAUCGCUACAGCACAGGCCCACUUCUCCGUCGUUGUCACCAAGCUCGUCGCUCAUCUCUGGCUCUCUCCGUCCAUGGGCGCGGUGACGCUUUUGGCGCUCGGGAAUGGGGCCCCGGACGUGUUUGCCUCCGUAGCCGCUGUCAGGGGAGGCCAUCCGAAAACUGGAUUUGGGGCGAUCCUCUCCGCCGGGACCUUCGUGUCUGCUUUCGUCGUAGGGUUUGUUGCGAUUUAUGCGGCGCCAUUUGCAGUAGAUCCAGCUCCCUUUGUGAGGGACGUGAUGUUUUAUUUGACGGCGGCGAUGUUUCUGUUCUACGUGUACUUGAGCGCUGAGAUUUUCCUGUGGCAGGCUAUUGGGUUCGUAGGGUUUUAUCUCUUCUUUGUAGUGAUCGUGUUUUGGAUGGAUUUCGGAGAUGGAAAUAGGAGACUGAAGUUAGUUGGCGAAGGAUCUGAGAUGGGUUUGGUUGGCAAUAGUAAGACGCGCAAAGGGAUAAUGUCUGACAUGAACUGUGAAAACAGCAAGCUUUUAGGCAACUCUGAACAAAUGAAGAACCCCAACUCCUCUUCCUCUGGGUUAAGGCUUGUCUUUGAGAAGGCGUUGCAGGUAUGGGAACUUCCGGUUUCGCUGCUCCUAAAACUCACAAUCCCUGAGACUUCUCCCACAGAGUGGAGCAGAUUUUAUCAGUCUGUGAACAUAGUUUUUUUCCCCUUGGCCAUUCUGUUCUCCUGCAGAUCAUUUAUGCCAUUAACUCACCCCAUUGUAUUUCUUAUCCCCAACACACACUUUCCUCUUUGGUUUAUAGUACUCUGUGGAAGCUCUUCUUUAGCACUUCUCCAUUACGUUGUUGAAAAAGAACCUCCGAAGUCUGAGCAACUGCCGGCCGUGCUUGCUGCAUUCAUAAUGAGUGUAUUCUGGAUAUCGACAGCAGCAGGGGAACUUCUAAACUGUCUUGCAGCUCUUGGGGCACUUCUGGAACUGCCACCUGCUCUUCUUGGUCUAACAGUGCUUGCAUGGGGGAAUUCAGUGGGCGAUCUUGUGGCAGAUGUUGCUGUUGCUAAGGCUGGCCAGCCCGCAAUGGCCAUGGCAGGGUGCUUUGCGGGGCCCAUGUUUAAUAUGCUUUUCGGGCUGGGGACAGCUCUGGUUAUACAAACAGGGAAUGUUUAUCCGGAUGCGUAUGAGCUGCGUUUCCAUGUGAGCAUAGUUGUGGCCUUUGUUUUCUUGCUCUUGAGUUUGAUGGGAUCCUUGCUUGUAGUAACUUGGAAUAGGUUCCAAGUUCCCAGAUUCUGGGGUUUCUGUCUUGUCGGACUUUACACUCUAUUCAUGUUAGUAAGCUUGGUCAUUGCAAAGUUUUCUGCAUAAUUUUUUUAGGCAGAUGGAAGGAGACAUUUCCAGGCAAGAUUCUGCCGUGUAUCUAUCACUACAUUCUUUUACUACAUGGUGUUCCGUUUUCUUGUGCAGUUUAGUGGCAAAAAAAAGAAAACUUAAUAAUCAAACAGUAAUUUUGAGAUAA